AUUCCGGUCCUUGCUUCUCUCCUUCAUCAUCCAGCGCCAGAGACUGAGUCUGAAGUCCUCGCAGUCGCACUCAUCGUCUUGAUCUCAUACGCGUACCCUCUCCAGAAAACACUCCGACAGCCAUUGGGCGGGACUAUUAGAACCAGCUCCUUGUAAUUAGAAGUUCAGCAGACCGCGUAUUCGGUCAUGGUCGUGGAACAAUUCGAACGUACACAUACUCAGACCCGCCUCUGUCUUAGCUGUGACAGUUCGAUCGAAACGGACACCCAAUCCGUGCCUCUCAGCCUUGUGCACUCUCCCGCUCUACCCACCGACCAUGAAGCACUGUCCAUCCAGCACUCCAUAUCUUCCGACAUCGACGCGCUGCGCGGACUAGACAGACAGAUUUGCCAGCUCGAGGGUAUCAUCAGAGCCCUUUGCAUCCACCGGGACGACGUGCGCAGCAACGUCGAUCGCAAGCGCGCGCUCCUCUCUCCUAUCAGGUGCCUGCCGCCGGAAAUCAUGGGUAUCAUUAUCGACUUCGCCAUCACAAGCACUUUCCGCCGGAAGCGCGAUAGCUCCCUCGUCAAGCAGCACCCUGUCCUACAGGUGUGCCGACGGUGGCGCGAGCUUGCGAUUUCCAUGCCGCGUUUGUGGACCAACAUUGUCUUAUACCCAUGCGCUGACAGAGGCUGGAACGACACGCUCGCACUAUGUAUUGAGAGAUCUUCGUCGCACCCUUUGCACCUCGUUCUUCAUCGCGGUCGGCCAUCAUGGCACACAACCAUCGUCAUGAAGGACUAUUACAUCCACUUGCCAGACCUGGAAUGGAAGAGAGCAUGCGUGUCGCUUGUGGGGGCCGCGCAUCGUUGGCGCUCUAUGCGAUUGGAGCUGCUCGACGCACCAUCAUGGCUGCUGGAUCGAACCCCAUUCUUCUCGCAACUCAAAGGUCUUGAUUUGCGAAGAUUCGGCUUAAGCCUUCGCGGCGACAAUCAACUGUUCCGCGACUGCCCUGCACUCGACAGUCUCCGCCUCGAGAGCCUGGACGUUCACAAUAUGCGGCUCCCCUGGUCACAGCUGAGGCGCCUCGAAAUACACUCAUCGCCGGACAUUACGUCCUUCGUCACUGCGCUGUCUCAAUGUCCUGGGUUGGAAUCCCUGAUCCUCUCUAUGGACUUCCAAGGCGUCUUCGGACCGGUUCCAAUCAAUCUCCCGGCUCUACAGUCCCUGACCAUGCGCAAAUCAUCGUACUGUGCGCUUGCUUUUCUCAUCAUGCCAAACUUGCUCGAUCUACGCCUCGAGCCAUCCGCCGAAGACGCGGCAGAGUACGAGUUGCUAGCUCGCCUCUAUAUCGCUGCCCUUCUGGCCCAUUGUGAUGUCAACAACCGUUUCUCGCAGUCGCUCGUAACAACGUUAUUACUGCCUGCGGCGCCCGGUACCGAUUGGCAUACCCUAUGGUCGAAGUUCCCGCGGAUCACCCAUCUGACCGUCACCGACGAUCUGAUGGACAACAACUUGCGCACGGUGGAGGUCAUAAACUCGCUGGCGAACAGGACCGACUGUCUUCCCAGCCUCGCUCGCCUCGACCUGCCUUCUUUCUUUGUGGACGAAGAGGCCAAGGCGGAGGCACUGGAGGCGCUAUUUGACGGCCGCGCCCUGGAGGUCGUGGUUUACGAGACGGAAUACCACGGGCGACUGUCAAACCACGCGCAAUCCAGGGGAGGCAGUAUUCGUGAGGGCGCGGUGCCGACGCUAGGCAGCGAGGACGAAGACUCCGACGAGGAUGAUGGACCGUAUAGCUCUGACUCGGAGAUGGGAGAAGACGAAUCAGGUCUAAUGGCAGUAGAAGCCGACGUUUAGCUAUGCCCACCGAACGAGCAGUCUUAUCGGUUGCGAGAUUCAGUGCGAGAUACCCUUAGCAUACUGUACGAUGUAAAUUACCAGACAAGAAUUUGGACUCGAGCUUUCCCUCAUAUCUAUCUUUGACAAUGAGACUACGAUUAGAAGAGCAAGUUGAACUUGUCGG